AUGGAGUUAUCAGUUAUUGCCAACUCUAUUUUGCUGUUGCCAUUCGCAGCUGUGAUAGUAUGGCUUGCUUAUAAAUUCGUGGAAGAAAAGAUGUCUCCGCUACAGAAGAUUCCAAGUCCUCCAGGCAGAUGGCCGUUAAUCGGCCAUGUUUUCACUUUUCUCCGAUCUAAUCAACUGGAGGUGCUACGCUCUUGGAGUGAAAAGUAUGGACCGAUGUUCGUUUCUCAUCAAGGUUAUGCAGUAGGGAAAGGUAGGUAAUUUAAAAUAUAAGAGACUGCUGAGUUAUGUGAUGCAUCACCAAACUUCUGUGCGUGUAUAAAUAAUUUAAUCAUGCAUACCGGAAUCACGCACACUGUUCGAGGUGAUAUUUGAGACUUAAUUUCCCGACGUCGUGGUCGAAAUGCAUCCUAAAUAUGGUCUGUGAUGUGUGGUCAUCCCCUGGGUCACCCGGAGAUUGCUGAGUGAGCGCGCUUAUGCAGACUGCUAAUUGCAGGUUCCACUUAAGAAGGUCAAUAUACUUUAAUUGAUCAUUUACCUAUAGGCAGUGCAGAGUAUCGCUACAUCACUAUCAAGGGGGAGAACAAUUCACGGGAAAAAGGCUUCAUGAGAGAUUGAAAUAAGAGCAGAGAUUCCAACCCUCCCGAUUUGAUCGGGAGUCUCCCGAUUUGAUGUCUUGCCUCCCGCUCUCCCGAUUUUUACCAAAUUCUCCCGAUUUAUCAUAAAAUUCUGAAAACUAGGGGAAAAUUGCUAAUCUUUAGAAUUUUUGGCGAUCUGUCACUGUGAAACACUCAUAUUAUACUUACUUUCUUCGCGAAGAGCAUUAUGGUAUGUUAUAACUCAGGCCGGAAUGAUGUCAAAAUUCAGGAAAUGGCACUUGAGAGAACCUAAAUUUGCAAAAUUUCCCCGGGGCAUGCCCCCUGACCCCCCUAGAAGCUCGCGCCUUUGGCACUAAUAAUUACUCCCUAUUUUCCAUCACAUGGGGUUGGAAUCUCUGUAAGAGGCUAUUCACAGUUGGUGAAAACCAACCAAUCCUUGCAGUUUGUGGUGGUGACAUAGCCAUCUGCAUCAGGAGUAAGGCAGCAUCAUGAGAAAAAUAUUAAGAGUUAAGAUUAAAUUGACCUCUUGUUUUUUGACUACUGUAGGUGGCUGUUUACUGUACAUAGCUGAUCCUGAGCUCAUCAAGUUUGUGGCAAGCAAUAGCCAUAAAUUUUACAGACCUGACUUUGUGGCAAGAAAUAUUCCUAGUAUAAGUGCUGGCUUGUUUGCAUCUAAUGGCAAGGCGCAUGCUAGACAGAAAAGAAUGAUUGGGCCUGCAUUCACUUCCAAAUACUUGAAAGGAUUUUUGGGAGUCUUCAAAGAAAAUGUUGAUAACCUUGUUAAGGUGAGUGGUUAAGCAAAAAUAUAUUCUCAACAAGCUAAUGGGCUUUUAAUUUUAAUCAUUAAUAGCCACUUUGUUUCUAGAUUCUUUUGACAAAUAUGCCAUCACAGCAGUUAGUCAGGGGCAACAAUGACUGUUUCAUUUAGGUGUGGUCAGAUUCCUCCAUGCAAGUUUUCUGAUUGACCAUUUUAAGAAACUGCUUGCAAAGUUUUAAGUACUGCCAGCUUUUGCUGGACUAGCAGCACAUUCUUGGCAGAUAGAGGUGUUAACAGUGGCAAGGACAGGCCUAGACAAACUGACUCCCAUAUCUGUUGCAGUGACUGACCAGAUGAUAGGUUUGCUUAUCUCUGUUCUUUGUGUAGUGUAUGUCACAAUGCACUGACUAGCAAAAAUUCAUCAUGGACCUUUUGACAGAUGUGUUGAUCGUUUACCAGGAAGUCCAGUCUCACCCUGUGUAACUGGGAAGGGUCCACCACAGACCUUAAGACAAAUAUUGUUUUUAGUUCUGUUAGGAUGCCCAGUUUCACCCUCCAUGCCCUCUAAGGAGCAGGGUUGCUGGUUGAGUAGCCAACUUCCCAAUCCAUGAGACAGGUAGUUCUGGUUUUCAUGGUUGUCCAGUGGCAAAUAUGUACAUGGUAUAUAAAUGAUUUAUCAAGAGGACAUUCUUGUUACACACAAAUGAAAUUGGCUCAUAGCCAUGAAGCCUUUCUUUCAAUAUAACCAAAUUGUCCUGGAACUUACAUGUGAUUUUAUUCUGCUUCCAGCUAUGGUCCACCAAGCUGAAAGAUCCUGUUGAAGUUCAUGAUGAUUUGACACAUUUAACCCUGGAUGUGAUUGGUCAAUCUGCAUUUGGUUAUAACUUCAACACUGUGUUGGCAGGGGAGAGUAAGGUUUCUGAAGCAGUGGAUUUGGUCAUUAGUGGAAUGAGUUUUAGACAACUCAUGGGCAAGACAUUUAUUCCCUUUUUUGAGUACCUGCCAACAAGCGAAAACAGGAGAAUCAAGACUGCGAAAGAGAUAGCUGACAACACAGUGUUAGAUGUAAGUAUAUAAAGAUUCUAAUGUUUAGAGUUGCUAUCUACAGUUUUUUUUUUUAGGUGGAGGUGAAUUUUAUUAGGUAAACCUUAGCUUAUCUAUAGCCAUUUGGGUUACAUCAAUCAGAUUGAACCAAUAAAAUAAUAAAAUUGAAGUAACAUAUGACAGCAAACAGUUCUAAUCAAAGUCUUGAAUCCUAUUUAUGGAGCAAGGGAGAGGUCGUUUUUUAUGGACUAACAAAUGUAACAGAUCAUCUUCAUAGUUGGAUGCAUGAAUAAGUCCCACUAAAAAAUGUGUGAAGGCAUUUUUUCUUAGUGUGUACCAUACAUACAUACACUUUAUUACUUGAAUUCAUAUUUACAGGUUUUCAUACACCCACAGUUAGCUUGAAUGGGUGGCAUGUUAGAAGUAAAACAACACUAUUACAUAAGCAUUCACAAAUUACUUAUAAUCUAGUAAUAUUGUUAAUAGGACAAGUUUACUGUUACAGAGGAAAUAAAAUAAUUUACAAUAUCAGAUAGGAACUCAAACUGAAUAAGUAUCGAGUAAAAAAAUUAGGUAUAUCUGACACUAUAUAGCAUAUCAUUGUAAAAUAAGCACACUGGUGAAUUUUUAGGAAAGAGUAAUACCCGUGUGCAUAGAGUAGAUUCUUUUAAAAACUCUUGCAUCACUUCCCAGUGGAUAUAAGUAGAACUCAUAGAGACAAUUAUUCCUCAAUUUGUCAUUAUGCAGCAAAUGUUACAGCAUUUUUCUUAAUUUUACAGUACUUGUAAAUUUUGCCUCUUACUUAAAUUGUUUUUAAUUAUUUAAUCUGUAUUUCUUGAAAAACCCUAAUCCCCCAGGCUCUGGCAAAGUUUUGCAACAAAUCCCUUGCAUGCCUGUGGGUUCUUUGUGGAUUGCCUGCAGGUGGUAGGUACCUGCAUAAGUGUGGUAUUUCUAAUUAUCAAUGAAUGCAUUCUGGGAAUGGAACAUUUGCAGGCAAUGUGACCAAAUUCAAUUUGAAAUGACUUGCCAACAGAUUCUUUUCAUCCAGGUAUCAUACUUCUUAUGAAAUUUCACAUAUGACUUAAAACCCCAAAUUGAAAACAUUUUUUAACAAGGUUGUCUUGGGAAGUCCCAAGAGGGCAGUAGAACCUUUUUGAGGAAAAGUUUUACAGGCAUUAUCUGUGUGGCCUAACCCAGACAGGCUACUUCUUUCAUGACCAUGGCCAAAUGUGAAACCAUAAGUUUGUUGCUCUUCUGCUGCCUGGAUUCAAAAAGUAGUUUGAUUAGUACCUCUGAAUUAGCUAACUUAAGGUGCACUAGAAGCCCUAAUUUUUAAAUUAUGUAAUAAAUAUUUUUAAAAGUAGAUAACAUGUUUUUCUCUCAUUGCUAUGUUAUUUUAAUGGAAAAUAUUGCAAAAUACUUGGUGUUGGUGUGUAGCUCCUUGCAUUUGCAAACUGGUCUUUCAACGAUGAAAUUAACAUUAAAAUUCUUUGUUCAGGUAUUAGAUAAUUGUUAGAAAAUUGCAUGACCCUGAUCAUGACUAAACCAGUCCUAUUUUUUUCCUCAGUCAGACUAAUUCUCUUGCUCAAGUCAAGCAAAGAUUACUGUUUAAAUUUCUUAUUUAUCAGGUUUUUUUUUUCUCUUCAAAAGAUGAUCAGAGAGCGCCGCAAAGAGAAAAAAGCUGGAAUUGUGAGAGAGAAAAAAGAUCUCCUUGAUGUUCUGAUGGACAUGUAUGAUCAGGAAACAAAUUCAGUCAUGGAUGAUGAGGAGUUAAGGAGUCAGGUGCAGAAAUUACAUAUCUUGAAUUAUCAUUUCAACAACAACAAAUUAUAAAUUAAGGCUAUAUCGCUGCAAAAAAAGUUUAUUUUGUUUUGUUUUUUUCUUUGUUGUUAUUUGGUUUGGUUGUGCAGCACUGUUUUUGUUAAUUUAAUGAAUGGAAUGAAUACUAGUACGACUCUGCUUUAGAACUACCCAGUAACUUCAUCUUGAAAUGUCUUAGGUAAGAUUUAGGAGGGCCAGGUAACACAUUAGAUUGUAUAAAUAUAGUCACUCAUCCCAUUACAAAAGUGUCUGAUGCAUAAACUUACAACAAGGCAUUCAAAGUAGCUCAAAGAAUUGUUUCCAGCAUAAGUACUUUUCUUAAGGGGUUGUUAUUUGAUAAAGUAAUCAAAAAUGUACUUGGCAGUAAAGCCUCUUACUGUCUCAAUUGCCAUUCUCUUCUUUUUUUUCUCACUUUCUGUACUCUGCAAGUACGUUGAAACAACAUAUAUUGGAGUACCCGCUGUCUUGGGCCCCCUUCUUGAGAUAUGGAUUCUCAAAAUUUGAAAAAAAAUAAACAAGAACGGGAUCCUACUGAACACUCUUUGGCCUGAAUUUCUAGCAUAAACCCUGCAAGUUUUCUGCGGCUCAGAAGCAUCUUCAUUGUAUUAGAUUUGAGAUUGAAAUCGUCGUCGGGGACUCGGGUUUCUUCCUUACCCCACGUUUGUGCCAAAUCGAAAUAUUUCUCAAUGACCGACGAGGCAUUAAUUUCAUUCUUUAUACAUCUCUUCCAAUUUCUCCUUUAGGUGUUCACCUUUAUGGUGGCUGGCCACGAGACUACCAGUGUCGCUCUUGCUUGGACCCUCUAUGAGCUGGCAAAGAACCCUGAAAUCCAAGCAAAACUGAGAGAAGAAAUAAACUCUGUGUUGUGUGAUGGUACUGAGCUGACAUGGGAUACUGUUGAAAAUCUCACGUACCUUGAAAAAGUCAUUAAAGAAUCGCUGCGGUGCCACCCCCUGCUCACGUGA